AGAUGAGUGUGAAACGAUCAGCAGAGUCGGGCCCGAGCCGGUUAGGAAAAAAGGGAAAGAAAGAAGUGAUAGCGAAAUUUUCUGACACUUUGACGGAGGAAGCUUUGAAAAAGCGAUUGGCUGACACUUGGAGCUGCAAGAUGCCGUUUAGUCACGAAGCCAUUGUUGUGGACGUGAACCCCUUUCUUCACUGUGUGAUCCCAAAUUUCAUCCAAAGCCAAGACUUCUUGGAAGGACUUCAGAAGGAACUUUUGAACUUGGACUUCCAGGAAAAGUGUAAUGAUUUAUAUAAGUUUCAGCAGUCUGAUGAUUUAAAGAAAAGAAGAGAGCCUCACAUCACUGCUUUAAGGAAAGUUCUGUUUGAAGAUUUCCGGGCCUGGCUUUCUGACGUUUCUAAUAUUGACCUGAAAUCAACCAUUGAUAUGUCCUGUGCUAAGUAUGAAUUCACAGAUGCCCUGCUCUGCCACGAUGAUGAGCUGGAAGGGCGCCGGAUCGCCUUCAUUCUUUACUUGGUUCCACCCUGGGACAGGAGUUUGGGUGGCACCCUGGAUCUGUACAGCGUUGAUGAGCACUUUCAGCCGAAGCAGAUUGUCAAGUCUCUUAUCCCUUCGUGGAACACACUGGUUCUCUUUGAAGUGUCUCCAGUAUCCUUUCACCAGGUGUCUGAAGUGCUGUCUAAAGAAAAGUCACGUUUGUCUAUAAGUGGCUGGUUUCAUGGCCCUUCAUUGCCCAGGCCUCCCAACUACUUUGAACCCGCCAUACCUCGGACCCCUCACAUCCCUCAGGACCAUGAAAUUUUAUAUGAAUGGAUCAACCCUACUUAUCUGGACAUGGAUUACCAAAUUCAGAUUCAGGAAGAGUUUGAAGAAAGAUCUGAAAUUCUUUUAAAGGAAUUUCUUAAGCCGGAGAAAUUUGCAGAGGUCUGUGAGGCUCUGGAGAAAGGAGAUGUGGAAUGGAGUAGCCAAGGUCCUCCUAACAAAAGGUUUUAUGAGAAAGCCGAGGAGAGCAAGCUUCCCAAUGUACUAAAAGACUGCAUGGACCUGUUUCGCUCUGAAGCACUGUUCUUGCUGCUGUCCAACUUCACGGGCCUGAAGCUUCACUUCUUGGCCCCUUCAGAAGACGAUGAGGUUGAAGACAGAAAAGAGGAAGCAGCAGCAUGUGCUGCUGACAGCACUGAAGAGGGGACCAGCCAUAGCCUCUCAGAGCCCGAGAAUCACCCAGUGGCCAUCAGCAGUGCCAGCCCGCCGAGCGGUGGCCAGACGGACUCAGAGCCGGAGGGAAAGGAAGCAAAGACAGAGUCUAAUGUUCCCACAUGCCAUGGGGAGCUGAGGCAUUGGAAGACUGGUCACUACACUCUCCUCCAUGACAACAGCAAGACUGAAUUUGCCCUGGACUUACUUCUCUACUGUGCCUGUGAGGGCUGGGAGCCAGAAUAUGGUGGCUUCACUUCCUACAUUGCCAAAGGUGAAGAUGAAGAGCUGCUAACAGUGAACCCAGAAAGCAACUCUUUGGCACUGGUCUACAGAGAUAGAGAGACUCUGAAAUUUGUCAAGCAUAUUAACCACCGAAGCUUAGAACAAAAGAAAACUUUCCCACACAGAACAGGUUUCUGGGACUUUUCAUUUGUCUAUUAUGAGUGACGGGACUGGUCAAAGCUGAACAAAGUAACCCUUCGUCAGUACUGGCAAGUCUGGAAGCGCUAGGCGGGGAAUGAAGGAGAGCUACCUGGUCGUGUGCCCCGCCACAGUGUUCUCAAAACCGUUUUGGUCCUUUAACAGGACUCAUAUGAAUUAUGCUCCAUCUAGACCUUGAGCUUGGAGCAAGGUACUUACCUCGAUUAAAAAAAAA